UCAUCCUGCUUUUCUUUGCUUUCAUUUAUUUCCUGGCUCGUCUUCAUCCUUUGGAGUUUGGAACGCGUGAGAUGCGCACCGGGAGCAGUUCUUCAUCCCAGUCCUCUUAAAUCUCGAUUUUGGAUUAUAAUGUCUCCAAAAGUUUCCCAAAUUGUGUUGUGUGACUAAAACACAUCGGACUAAAUUACAUUUCUGCAGCGAAUGGCAUGAUGUUGCGGAAUGCUUUGUUGUUUUGGCUUAUAAUAUGUGUAAUAUACUACGCGUCAGGCUACUCUGGCGCUUCCGUUGCGUUUAGCGCGUUCUCUCCACCUGCGAACGCGUCGCUCCGCACACCUGCCAACCGGAGCGCCGGUCUCGUGCGGGAUGUGGACCGUAUAUAUUACGGCGGAGGAAAAGCCGGUUAUCUUGUUUACAUGGACGAGCAGCGCUUUCAGCUGGAUAUGGAGCGGGAUGAGUCGAUAUUGUUUCGUCACGUCAGUGCGCGACCGCGCAGGGAAUGCGUUUACCGCGGCACCGUGAAUUCAAACGCGGAGUCCCUGGCCGUUUUUAAUCUGUGUGGCGGCGGACUUGAUGGAUUUUUCGCCGUCGAUCACGCGCGUUACACCAUCACGCCGCUCAUGCGAGCGAAAGGUCACGAGAACGACGCGCACAUAGUCGGGAACGCCGACGCGACGCGCGCGCUCCACUAUUACACCCGUGAGCGCUUCAGUUUCGAAGCGAUGCCCGCGCGUCACAGCUGCGGCACGCGUGACAGAAAAAGACGCAAGCGGAACGGUAGAGGGAAGUGGAACAGCCACCGUCGGGAUUUUAUUGAGUUGGAUGAGAGCGCGCGCGGGAGGAGAUGGUGGACAAAGUUUACGAAGCCGAUGACGCGACGCAAGAGGUCCGUGUCUCGCGCACGACACGUGGAGCUGCUGCUGGUCGCGGACGACUCUAUGGUGAAGAAAUACGGAAAGGACCUGCAUCACUACCUGUUGACGCUCGCGUCCAUCGCGUCCAAACUCUACGGCCACGCCAGCAUCGAAAACCCCAUCCGUUUGUCGGUGGUGAAAGUCGCCAUUCUGACAGAGCACGAGAAGGGGAUCGACGUAUCCAAAAACGCCGCCGCGACGCUCAGGAGCUUCUGUAAGUGGCAGAAUCAGCAGAAUCCGUUAGAUGACGAUGACCAGCAUCAUCAUGACGCGGCCAUCCUCUUCACCAGGCAGGAUCUGUGCGGGCAUCACUCAUGUGACACACUUGGCAUGGCAGACGUGGGCACCGUGUGUUCUCCAGAGAGAAGCUGCGCGAUCAUUGAAGACGACGGCCUACAUGCCUCCUUUACUGUGGCGCAUGAGAUCGGGCAUCUGUUGGGUUUGUCUCAUGACGAUUCAAAGUUCUGUGAAGAACGUUUCGGCUCCUCUGAAGAGAAACGUCUCAUGUCGUCUAUACUGACCUCUAUAGACGCUUCUAAACCCUGGAGUCGCUGUACGUCUUCUACGAUCACGGACUUCUUCGAUGACGGCCACGCCGAGUGUCUGUUGGACUCGCCUCGUCAGGCUCUUCUCGGUCCAGAAGAGUUGCCGGGUCAGAGAUACGACGCCUUACAGCAGUGCCGUUUAGCAUUUGGCCCGGAGUACGGCAUGUGCCCGGGCAUGGAUGUGUGUGCCCGUCUGUGGUGUUCAGUCAUCAGGAAGGGGCAGAUGGUUUGUCUGACGAAGAAACUGCCCGCUGUAGAGGGCACGCCGUGCAGCAGCGGCCGGAUCUGUCUACAGGGGAAGUGUGUGGACAAAACCCGCAAGAGACACUACUCGACGUCUAAUCAUGGCAGCUGGAGCUCUUGGGGUCCGUGGGGUUCGUGUUCACGUACAUGUGGUGGUGGCGUGCAGUUUGCGCAUCGUUUGUGCAACAAUCCCCCUCCUCGCAACAACGGCCGUUACUGCACUGGAAAGAGAGCGGUCUAUCGGUCGUGUAAUGUCAUGCCGUGUCCUUCAGCGAGUAAGAGUUUUAGACAGGAACAGUGUGAAGUUCGGAACGGCCCCCAGACCGACCCGAAAGGAGUGAAGACGUUUGUGGAAUGGGUGCCCAAAUUUGCCGGCGUCCUUCCUAAAGACGUGUGCAAACUGACCUGCAGGGCGAAAGGAACGGGAUACUAUAUAUUGUUCUCACAGCGGGUGAUUGAUGGGACAGAAUGCAGACCGUACAGCAGUUCAGUGUGUGUGAAAGGGAAGUGUGUUCGCACCGGAUGUGAUGGAAUUAUCGGCUCUAAACUUCAAUAUGACAAGUGCGGCAUCUGCGGGGGGGACGGGAACAGCUGCGUCAAAGUGGCUGGAAAUUUCACCAAGAAGAGUAAGGGCUACACUGAUGUCGUGAAGGUCCCAGAGGGCUCGACACACCUCAAAGUACGACAGUACAAACCCAAAGGCCAGACAAGUUACACGGCUUACCUCUCUCUGCGUCGCCCUGGUGGAGAAUACCUUCUGAAUGGCAAGUUCAUGAUCCUUACCUCUGAGACCAUUAUCCCCCUCAAUGGAUCCGUCCUCAACUACAGUGGGUGGAGUCAGCGAGAUGACGCCUUUCACAGCAUGGGCCCCGGAGCUCUACAAGAGAGUCUGGUGGUGCAGAUUCUGGCCACAGACUCUAAGAAGCCACUAGAUAUCCGCUACAGUUUCUUCAUGCCACGUAAAAUUCCACUUCCACCUCGGACGUCUCUCGCGUCCUCGGCCGCCGCCGAGGCAUUGUCGUCACCGGAGGUCUUGAUGUUUACUACCAAGGUUCCUUUCACGACAGAGCCUCCAACAACGAUGUCCACGGGCCCGCGAUGGGUGACAGGAUCGUGGAUGACAUGCUCCAGAACUUGUGAUACGGGUUGGCAGAGUCGCACAGUGCAAUGCAAGGACCCGCAUGGAAAGCUGGCCAAGGGUUGCCUGCUCACUGCUAGACCCUCAGUGUUCAAACACUGCCUGAUUAAAAAGUGUUGAGGAUCUCUCAAUAAAACGAAAUAAGGAAGUACCUUGUUCCUUGUCGACCGUGUCGAGUGUUCAGCUGAGACACGGUCUCGAUGGAGCACAUGGACGCUUACAUGACUGACCUGUCACAGCUCCUGUUAGACUUGGAGUUGUUUUUAUAAAUGCUGUUCCUUGCUCUAAACACAUUCACUGGGGAGUUCAGCUAGUGUUCAGAAUUGUGACUUGGACGCGAAUUUCCAGCUCUUGCCUCAAAUGUGGCAAAAUGACCUGCGAACUGGUCACUCGAAGCAGCUUAGCCCCUUUUGGCAAAGCCACGGCCAAUUUUCUCAUGACACACCCAGUUGCAAUCAUUCCACUUAUGGGACCAGUGCAAAGCUAGGAAAAUUGGACAAAACCAUGCCCCUUAACACAGCCUACUUAAAGGUCCACAGCCCUUUAAAUCGCUGCAGGUCGCUGUACUUUUGCUAUCAGGAAUUCAAACACAGUUUCUAACUGUAUCAAGCCAUCGAUUUCACGAGCAGCACUGUCUGCACUCCCACUGUCCAUUGUUAUUUUUACAUCGCUGCUCAUUUGCAUAAAGUAAAAUUGAGCUCAACUUUGUCGCAUCACCAAAAGUUGCUGUACAGAAUGUCACCUCAAGUCACCAACUUUCAUUGAAGACUUCUCAUCACAUUGUUGCAGCAAAUCGCUAUGUGAAUGUCCUAUCAAGGGUCCACAACCCUACAUAGAGUCCAGUGCAUUUCUAAGAUCUUCCAUUACAAAAGAACCUAUGACUUCAGUGGAAAGCUGAUCUUCUAGGGUUAACCUUCCAGGAAUCACUCAGUUAUUGCCUUCAGAAAAGUCAGUACGCUUACCACAUCCGUGACUACGACUGAAUGUCUGUUCCUUUCUCAGUUUCAGGGUUUUGGGGACAAAUUAUGUUGAUGACAUUGCUAAUGUAUGUAUGUACUGUAUAUAUAUAUAUGUUCCACUAUUGUUAAUGUCUGUUUGAGUCAUAGAUUUUGGGUAUACUUUGUUUUUCUGCAUGCUAUUCCAUCGUGUGCAUGGUCGAGCGCUCGGCCUGUCAAAGUACCCUCUUUUAACGACGAGUACGUACGAACGUAAUCGCCACAUGCACACUAUGACUAAUUUGUGAUACUCUUUUGCGCAGUCAACUCCAGGCGCAUGUGUGAGACUAGCGGCACGAGGACAACCGAAGUAUACAUUGCCUUCAAGCUCCACCAAUGAAUUGAUCUUCCUCUCUAUGAUAAAAUAGACACACUGUUGCAUUGAUAAAUUCACACACCCCUUGCAGAAUCUUGAAGAUGUUUCGUAUAUUUUUAUUACAAAUCGUAAAAAUGGUCUUUUGUUUAUUAGGUACUAUUUCAGAAGAAGCUGCAUAACAGAUAUCUAAGUAGAUUCUACAAAAACACUGGGUCUUUUCCAAAACCGCUUUAAGACAUCAUAGGCGUGCUCCCGACCCAUAGGCUGUUUUUAAAAGGUAGGCAAGGUAGAUACUUAGCACCAUACACUGAUGAGCCAAAUCAUUAUGACCACCUGCCUAAUAUGAUUAUGGUCGUCUGCGGGCCACCAAAACAGUGUUGACUCACUGAAGCAGGGACUCUACAAGACCUCUCAAGGUGUCCUGUGGUAUCUGGCACCAAGACAUUAGCAGAAGAUCCUUUAAGUAAGUUGUGAGGUGGACCCGCCAUGGAUCGGACUUGAUGGCGACUUGUUGUUCCAGAACAUUCCACAGAUGCUCAAUCGGAUUGAGAUUUGGGAAAUUUGGAGGCCAGGGCAACACCUUGAACUCUUCAUUAUGUUCCAUAAACCAUUCCCGAACAAUGUGUGCAGUGUGGCAGGGUGCCUUAUCCUGCUGAAAGAGGCCAUUACCGUUGCCAUGAAGGGGUGUACCUGGUCUGCAACUAUGUUUAGGUAGGUGGCACACUUCAAAUUGACAUCCACAUGAAUGGCAGUGACGGCAAGCCUUUGGGCACCCAAUACCCUGUCGCCGGUUUGUUGUUUGUCCCUCCCUUGACCACUGUCGGUAUGUACUCACAUCUGCUAACCGUGAGCUCCCCAAAGUCUUGCUGUUUCAGAGAUGCUCUGAUCCAGUUGUCAGGCCAUAACAAUUUGGCCCUUGUCAAAGCCACUCAGGUCUUCACUCCUGCCCAUCACGUUGACUAUGAGAACUGAUUGUUCGCUUACCAUCUAAUCCACCCAGACCUUAACAUGUGGCCUUGUUAGGACAUGAUCAACGUUAUUCGCUUCACCUGUGAGUGGUCAUAAUGUUAGGGCUCAUCUGUGUACUGUAUGUAUCCUUCCCAGGGUAGACAAUACUUUUUGUUGUUCCUCUUGCAUCACCUGUAUUGAAAUCCAUUGCGAGUCGAGUCGAGUCUCCUGUGCCAUAUGAAUGAUACGUGGAUUUGCUGCCCAUUCCCGUGUGCAAUGUAGGCAGGAGACAGCAAGGCUUGGAACAGGUUUUGGAACAGACCCAAAAUUAUUACAGAAGUUUCCCAACUUAUCCUCUUGAAAAAUGUACAGACUCUUGGUUCGUAAUAGUUUGUGUUGCCUCCUCGAGCAUCAAUGACUGUUUAGAAGCAUUUUGUGAUAGUUGUGCAUCAGUCUCUGAAUUGUCCAGCAUGACAAAGCUGGACCAAGGAAACUAAAAAAACAUGCAAAAUGUGAACAACUAUCACAAAAGGCUUCAAACUGUCAGUGGUGCUCCUGGACGUAACACAUGAUAUUAAUGCUGCAUUCCAUUUGACUCGGAAAGUCGGAAUUUCCAACUUCUUACAAGGAAAAUUGCAACUGAUUGGCACAUAAAGUCAGACUUCCAACUUGGAAACUUGUGCAGAAAUCUUCAUUUCCGAUUUCACGUUUUUUAUUUUAUUUUUAACUUUAAACUUUUGACCACCAAAUCAAAGUCAGUUGGUGUAACCAACAUGCAGGUAGACAUUAUUUUGUCAUAUAAAAAAACCUAAAACUUUAGACCCUCUUGAACUGUGUUAGCUGUUUUGAAAAAAUAUGAUAUUUUAGAAUAUACAGUAUGACACUUGACAUUUUCUCAUUAGAUAUAUUUUUGGUAGAAAUUGCUUUAAAUGUUUUUUUAAAAAUGUAUGAAUCCAACACGUGAAUUAUCUCAAUAAGGAAAACCUUUGGGGGGGGUCUGUGUAUGUCAGCGAGUAUUGACGCUGACUAUCACACCUGGAGUUUGAAUCCAGGGCGUGCUGAGUGACUCCAGUCAGGUCUCCUUAGCAACCAAAUUGGCCCGGUUGCUAGGGAGGGUAGAGUCACAUGGGGUAACCUCCUCGUGGUGGUGAUUAUUGGUUCUCUCAAUGGGGCGUGUGGUGAGUUGUGUGUGGAUCGUGGAGAGUAGCAUGAGCCUCCACAUGCUGUGAGUCUCCGCGGUGUCAUGCACAAUGAGUCACGUGAUCAGAUGCGCCGAUUGACGGUCUUGAGCGACUGAGACUCGUCCUCCGCCACCCAGAUUGAGUUAUGGUGCCACCACGAGGACCUACUAAGUAGUGGGAAUUGUGCAUUCUGAAUUGGGAGAAACAAAUAAAAACUAAAUAAAUAAAAAUAAGAGAAAACAUAUUUGUCAACGACCCUCAUGUAAAUAUCAGUUAUGUCAAAUAGCUUCAUGUAGGCAGUACUAAAUACUAAAUAAAAAACAAAAGCAAAGACUGAUUUGUAAAUGCAUGUAUGAGUCAUGACGAUUCAUCAUUUAUCUGUUUAGAAGGACGAUGUGUGCCCUGGACUCGCAUGAACACCAGCCAAUCAUACGCUCUGUUUAAAAUCAUGUGACACACUUCAGUUUAAUCUUCACUUCCUGUUUGAAGCAUUGAAGGAUGCUGAAUCAAACAUAUGUGAUAUAUGCGCAAACAAACAGGUUCAGUUUAUGACCAGCAGCUCAGAUGCAUCUCUGUUGAAGCUGCUGAUUCAUCUCAGCACAGAUCCAUGUAAUUCAUUUCAUUUUUGUGUAUUUUAGUGGACUGUUUUCACAUGUUCACAUCAUGUAUGCAGUACUGUCUCAUUGGGUUUCACUGAAAAUACAGAGCACUGAUUUUAUAAUUUAUUAUUUGUACAACUGGUAUGUGAAAAAAAGAAAACACAUCAUGAAUUAUUUAUUGUAAUGGUCAUUUUGUCUCAUAAUUACUAUUUAACGAGGAGUAUGACUGACAGAAUAGUUUCAUUUGAAGAUUUUUUUUUUUCUAGCCAUCUUCAUGACUAUAUAUACAGUAUAUGUAUAUAAAACAAAUCGUUAUAUUUAAAAGUUUACGUUUGAUUGAUUCUUUUGUUGUCAAUGUCGUCUCACUGGAGAUGUGUUUGUUUAGUUAGUUUCACUCGCUUUUCACAUGGAACUAAUAAUGAUAGUGAUGUUUGUCACAUAUAUCACUAAUCAAAUUCAAUGCAAUAUUAGACCUACAAAGCACUGCUUUCACUGAAACCUCUAUUAAACAAUAAACUA